CCUCCCAUUUUGCUUAUUUCCAAUGCCCGAGAAGGGUUUCCUGAAAAUAUCAGCCGAUUUUGAUUUGGAGCCUCGCCGAGAAGAAGGAAGAAUUCAAUAGCAUCGUCGUCUCUUCGUUACGCGCGAUUUGUCAAUUUGUGUUUUCAUUUGAGUUACGGAGAAGUGUCCGAUGAGUUGAUACGUGUGUGUGCGUCUGUAUUUGUUGAUUUUCUUUCGUAAUUAGCAAAUUUGUGUGACCAUUUCCGAUGGCGCUUUCUCUUGGUAAACUCACCAUCAUCGUCGGUGCUGGUGUUCUGGGGUCUGUUCUUGCCAAAGAAGGCCGGAUGCCCAGUGUAUCUGAUUUUUUCUCAGGUGCAUUUAAGAUUGGCUUGAAGCAACUUAAACAAGAUGAUUCAAAAACUUCAACCUCCAAACCAAGAACUGAUGCAUUGAUGCAACAGGUUAACAGUCUGCGUGAGGAGCUGCAACUAUUGGCAUCCAAUAGAUCUAUUACAAUAGUUACUGGAGAUAGAUCAGGUUCUGGAAAAUAUGGAGUAGUUGUCAUUGUUGUCGUUGUUGGCUAUGGCUAUGUUUGGUGGAAGGGAUGGAAGCUUACUGAUAUGAUGUUUGCCACAAGGCGUGGGCUAAAUGACGCAUGUGCUUCUGUAGCUAAGCAGCUUGAGAAUGUUUAUGCUUCAGUUUCGGCCACCAAGAAGCAUUUGUCCUCAAGAAUUGAUCGUGUAGAUUGUAAAAUUGAUGAAUGUGCUGAUAAUACUGCUGCAACAAAGGAUGAGGUCAAUGAGCUGCGCGGGGAUGUGAAGUUGAUAGGGGCCGAUGUUCAAUCUGUUCAUCAUGUAGUGCAAUCUCUGGAAAGCAAAAUUAGUAGGAUUGAAGGAAGACAGAAUGAAAUGAAUUUUGGAGUGGGGAAGUUGGUUGGUUUCGUGAGGAAUCUUGAAAGUAGCAGAAGCAUGGAACAUAUCGAGGGUGCUGCGAGGCCCGCUAUUGAGUCGUCCCCGGUAUCUCCAUCAAGGACUGUGUCUUUACCCGCCACUCUACUCGAGCCCCCGUCGCCUUCUUCUUCGGGUAGUGGCUCCGAGAGAAAACAAGCCUCGGUCUCGGCCUCUAGUUCUUCACAGAGCAAUACUUCUGGUUCAGGCCUGAAGGAUCUUCACGGAAUGCCUAAUGAUAUUGGGUUGUCGAGGCUACACACCAGUCCGGGUUUGAACAGCAUCAACACAUCAUCGGAAGAAACAAACAUCGACAACAGCUCAGGCGCUGGCCUCUUUGGCAAAAGAUUCUCCGGAUUUGGAGCAUCGUUGCUUACAAGAAGCCGCAUCAAGUAGGAAGAUGUAGGUCGUGACGAUAAAAUAUGACAUUGUACGGUACUCACUCGACCUGCUAUAUCCUAUUUGUUGUUGCCGAUUUUUGUAGAGCCUACGACCUUUUCGGAGUUCCGGUUGGUUCUUUAGGAAAUGUUAUCGAGGUGGAACGGCCCGUAAGAAUAAAAUCGAAACCUCGAAUUUUGGCCUGUUUUACAAAGGGUUUUCAUAAAACUGCCAUGUAAAUGAAUUUACUACUUAUUACAUGAUUUGUGGUGAUGGCAAGUGCAGUAGACUUUUAUUAUACUGCGUUACUCUAUAGUUGGUGAGGUUUGGACA